CCAGGCAGUCAUUAAAAGCACCCAUAAAAUACUAAAUAUCCCCACCCAGCCCUCUUCGUGGCGUGUUCUUUCUGCCGAUAGCAAUAUCACCGCCUCUGCCAAUAGCAAACCCCAGAUGUUGUACGGUGAGACCGUUAGGCUGUUAAGGUCCGAGCCGUUUGCGCUGUCGACUCGGGUCAGCAGCAAGUGAGUAUGCUCGUCUGGCCCACCUUCUCGUUCCUGGCCCGUCAAGUGCGGUGCGCCUUCGCUGGCGCCGUUUCUCUGCUCUCCCUGUGGCCUCGUCAUAUCGGCGACUCAGACCGUGCCGUGUAUCUCUGCUCUGGCGAUCAACGGCUGUGUUGGUCACAACUGGGGAGAAUGUGGGAACGUCAGGCGACGACAACGAAAUGUGCACAAGGCUAUAACGAAGACAGGGUGGGAGUUGAUACGGCUCUUGCCUUGUCAAGUCUCUGGUACACUGACGUCACGACUGAGCUCUAUACCUAGGUAGGUAGCUAGGGAGCAGCUGCCGACUGCACUGGGACGGACUGGUUUCCAGGUAGCUGCCUCUCUGUUACCAGCAGGUUACCCACGUAACACACCUCGCCGGUCGAUAUACAGAGCCUCCUCAGGUUCAUCUGUUACGGGUACCUGCCCAGGUACCUGUCCACCCUACCUCCAGGUUACCUCUAGCAAGUUCUCGUCGACAGCCCGCGACUCCUCGUAUCCAGAGCUUCUUCAGAUAGCCGCUUUAUCGCUCGCUCGCGCCUCGGCUUUGGCCCGGAUCGACGAUGCAGC